CUGCCCCUCCAGUCCCUCACAGUUGUAGGCCAUUUACAAGUACAAUAAUAAGUGCAGUUCUCCACAGACUGGACUAUUUCCCUUUCUUUCUGUCUUUGUGGUUUUAUUUUGCCGUUUAAAAAUGUUAUGGCUUACGUAGACUUCCAUGAUAUGUUGUAGGUUCUUUUCAAGUACAAAUUGCAGCAGAGAAAUGAUGAGCUUUGAACUGUAGAUGCUUGGACUUGAAGGACUGUUCAUCUUUUGAAGUGCUCCAAGUGUUGAGGGAUUUCCUCCUCAAAAGCGCAUCAUGGGUAAUCAGCUUACCGGUGAAGCUCCUGUGGUCAUCUAUCCUGUUGAACAUUAUCUGACUGACCUUGCUUACUAUGAAUAUGAUUGCAGCCUGGGAAGUACUCGAUUCUUCAAGGUGGCUCGGGCCAAGUGCCGGGAGGGUCUAGUGGUGGUCCGGAUUUUUGUCAUCCAGGACCCGACCAUGCCACUACCUCUUAAAGAACAUCAGGAGAAGUUGGACGCCAUUUACAAGAGUCUGAACGGCCUUCCCAACUGUCUGCCUUUCCAAAAACAUGUGAAAUUGGACCGUGCAGCUAUCUUGAUCCGUCAGUACGUGAAAUACAAUCUAUAUGAUCGCCUGAGCACACGUCCUUUCCUCACCCUCAUAGAAAAGAAGUGGAUUGCCUUCCAGCUGCUUUGCGCUCUCAACCAGUGUCAUAAAGUCAAGGUGUGUCAUGGCGACAUUAAAGCGGAAAAUAUUCUCAUCACAAGCUGGAACUGGGUUCUCCUCACAGACUUUGCAAGUUUCAAACCCACAUCUCUGCCCUAUGACAAUCCAGCUGACUUCUCUUACUUCUUCGACACUUCCCGUCGCCGUGUCUGCUACAUCGCACCUGAGAGGCUGGUGGGAAAACCUCCGUCGGAGAGCAACUGGGAGAGUGGUGGGAGUGGGUUGGAGGAGUCUCAGGCCCCACGGGUCUACAGGGAACUCACUCCUGCCAUGGACAUCUUCUCUGCUGGGUGUGUCAUCACAGAGAUGUUUUGCGAUGGGGUCGCGCCCUUUGACUUGUCCCAGUUAUUGAACUACAGCUGUAAGAACUACAGUCCCUGGAAGUUGAUAGAAGCCAUUCCAGACAACAGUGUCAAGGAGCUAGUUGAGCAGAUGAUCCAGCGUAAGCCUGAGCUGCGUUUGUCAGCGGAGGAGUACCUCAUCAAGCAACGUGGCAAAGCCUUCCCAGAGUUCUUCUACACCUUCUUCAAAGCCUACUGCCAGCACUUCUCCAGUCUGUUGCCAUCUGACGACAAGAUCUUGCUUUCAGCAGUUUCCGCCUGAUGGCCCUGAAACUGUUCCUGAAGCUUUCGCAUCAUGUGACGGCUGACAUCAUCCUGGACAGGAUUCUGCCUUUUGUGCUCAACUUUGCCCAGGACCCUCUGCCGGAGGUGCGAGCAGCCACCAUCCGGACGGUGACGUCCUGUGUGAAAAACCUCAAGAGUGUUCCACGCAACGAUGCCAACGUGUUCCAGGAUUACAUCAUUCCAGCCCUGUCUCCUCUACUCAGUGAUGAUGUCCUUCAAGUGAGACUUACAUUUGCGGAAAACAUAGCCCAACUGGCAGACACUGCCGUCAAGUACCUUGACAUGGCCCAGGCCCAGGAGAUUCGUGAGGUCAUAGUUCAGCUCAAGGACCAGCAGAAGGACAAGAGCCACAUCUCUGACACUGUUGUUAAUGUCAAGAAAAGCCCAGAGGAGCUGAAACCAGAAAUCCAUCAGGUGGAGUCCAACUACGACACAGAGCUCCAACAGCUCAAGGAUCUGAUCCACCAGAAGAUCUUCCAGCUGCUGAGUGACCCCAACCACUCGGUCAAGAUGACGCUGAUGGCCAACGGCAUGGACAAACUUUGUCUCUUCUUUGGCAGACAAAAAGCCAAUGACAUCUUGCUGUCUCACAUCGUGACCUUCCUGAAUGUCAAGGACGACUGGCGUCUGCGAGCAUGUUUCUUCAAGACAGUGGUGGACGUGACCAUGUAUGUGGGCUGGCAGUGUUCCGAGGUCCUGCUUCCUCUGCUGCAGCAGGGUUUGAACGACACGGAAGAGUUUGUCAUCACCGAGGACCUUCACGCCCUCAAACAGCUGACCAACCACCGGCUACUCAACAAGAACAUGAUGCAGACGCUGGUCUGUGACGCUCUGCCGCUGCUGGCUCAUCCCGGGGCAUGGGUGCGCCAGGCCGCUGUCGGUUUCACCACGGCAGUCGCUCAAGCCUAUGACAUAUCCGACAUCUUCUGCAAGCUUGUGCCACACGUGGAACCGUUCCUGACCAGGAAAGCUCUGCAGUUACGCCGCCCGGAAGUGGUGUUGGACGCCCUCAACAGCCCGCUGUCCCGGGACAUGUUUGACUGUCUCCUGCGCUCCGCCCAGCUGGACUCGGUGUUUGAAGUGAUGGCCAAGCAGGCAUACAUCCGCAGCAUCUCGCGACAGCCACGCAGCGGCUACCCAGAGCUGGACCAGCAGCUGGCACAGGUGUUCCGUAAGCUCACUUCCUUAGGACUCAAUGACAAGUCUGAGGAAAAGCUACUGGCCAUGAAGGACUUCUUGCUGAGACUCCAUAAAAACAGGGCCGGCUCCAUCGAAGCAUUCCACCAGUCCCCCACAAAGUCACACCCAGGGAAUGUUAACAUUUCGGCUUUUGGUCGAAAUGUGACUCGCCGACACGCAGACCUGCAGAAGAACCGGGAUCCUGUUGCCGAGACACAGAGUACACCGUCUGGACGAAAAAAAGUGAAGAAGCAAGAGUCUGUUUCCAUGAACCCGGAGUGGAAGAAAAUGUUUGGCAGUGAUGACCCGGACCCUGGCUCUCUGUCCUCCUCCCCCAGGUCUCUGGCCUCUACCGCGUCCGUCCUGGACCGAACGUCGGUGGACACCGCUCUACAGGCUGUGGCAUCCGCCAACCUCCCACCAGCAAGCCCCGGCCCCUCCAGUGGUGCAUCCCACUCAGAGAGCCUGUCUCAGAGCCUGCUCAGUGUAGACAGCUUCCAGAAGUCGGUGUCCUCGGCCGGCAGUGGCGACAAGUCGUCGGCUCAGAAGCCAGUGGUCACUCGGUACGCCAAGUGCAAGUGGGAGUUGCGUGACCUGGUGCAUCACCGGCGCGCCCAGUUUGAGGACGACAUCCUGUCCACCGAUGCCAUCUCGGGCAUGGCCUGGGAUGCUCACCGGCCGGCUGACUCGUGGAGACCCAAGGGGGUGCUGGUGGCACACCUACAGGAGCACAGGGCCGCCAUUAACAGGUUGAGUGUGAGCCACGACCACCGUCUGUUUGCCAGCUGCUCCAACGACGGCACGGUACGAAUUUGGGAGAGUGGCAAGCUGGAGGGAAAGACAGCCGCCAACCGCUCCAAGGUGUCACUCAAUAAACAAGGAGGUAAAAUCAAGUCUGUGGCCUUCCUGGAGCGGUCUAGUGCAGUGGCUUGUGCCUCAGACAACAACUCCAUCAAGGUUUACAGGCUGGACAGUGGGGCAGUGCAGUCAGAUACGUCUAUCUCCGUGGACCACGACACGUACGGACAGAUCAUGGACAUGGCUCACUUUGAUGCAGGUGCCCAGUCUGUGCUGACCUACGCGACGGUCUCUGGUCACAUGUUCGGCUGGGACCUCCGGGCUCCCGGCCCAGCCUGGACCCUGCGUAACGACCCACGCGACGGCCUCAUCACCAGCUUUGCCGUCAACCAAUCGCAGAGCUGGCUGGCUGUUGGCACUUACAGCAGCACCCUGGUGUGCUGGGACAUGAGGUUCCGCAUGCCCAUCAACAGGAUACAUCACCCCUCAGGCCGCCGUGUGCGUCGUGUGGCCAUGCACCCGAGCGAACAGUCGUGGCUUGUGGCCUCCUUCAACUGGCACAGCGAGGUCUCCAUGUGGGACGCCGAGACACGGCAGAGGCAGAAGACACUGUGGCCCAGCCGCUCUCCUCCCCUCACCUACACCAAGCAAAACAAGAGCCAGGAGGAGGAGGGUGUGUGUGGUUUGUACGUCGGGAGCACAGAGUCCAAGCCAUUUGUUCUGACCGGGGGUACGGACAUGCGACUACGCUUCUGGGACCUCAGCUACCCGGCGCACUCCGUCUGUUUCAGCGACAGUAUGGAGGACGCCCGCAACUCCUUCAACUACAGGUCCCAGCUGAUGGAGGGCUCAGAGGUAAUCCAGGAGCAGGAGAACCAGCGAGAGCCACUGGACAAGUCAGAGAACGAUCGCGAGAUGCACACCAUGCACAGUGCACCGCCACCCGCACACCAGGACACUGUCAGCGACAUCACUCUCUGCCACAGCACACAGACUCUUGUCAUCUCAGCUGCUCGCAAUGGUCACAUCAAAGUCUGGAAAUAGACCUUUCUACACGCUCACACACACACACACGCCACAUGCAUGCACACACACACACGCCACAUGCAUGCACACACACACACACACACACACACACACACACACACACACUCCUCCGCCUACAAUGGACACAUCAGGGACUAGAAGUAGACUCCCUCUCUCUCUCUCUCUCUCUCUCUCACAGACACACUCAUUUUGACAUACAGGCAAUUACAUAUGCACACACACACUCACGCACUCAUCAUAAACUUACACUUCUUAGUUACACACACUCACACAGUGGUCGACUCGGCCACAUCAAAGUUAAGAAGUAGGCGCUUUCGGGCUCAGAUGGGCAAACUCUCACCCUCAUAUAACAUGCACACACACACAUAGCAAAAGUAGGCUACCAUACACAAAGACAAAUCCUUGCUCACACCCACACUCAUACUGGGUGGCUCCCAGUCGUUACCAAGUGUCUGUGCUUAUGGUGUGUUUGCAAAAAGUCCUCCUGCUUUUUGUUAUUUAAUAUUUAUGACGGACUGAUGUUUCCAAAGUGACCCUACUGAUGGUGGGAUUCUCUCCUUGUUUUUGUAAUACAUGUUGCUGGUGCUGUGGUCCCAGCAGUUCAUAGGUGGCUGUGGCAUAAUUUACUGGUUAGGCUCUUCGCCGAUGCGUGCAAAAAGAGAUGAAUUUAUUUCUGGAGUGGGGAAGUUUUUCUAUGGAGUAUCUCUAUCUGUUGGGAUGUUGUUUCCAUCUCAUCCUGGGUUAGCCCCGACAGGCAUUGCUUACCUCAUAAAUGAUGUAAAUUUUGAUAUGGAAGGGUAAAACAUUAACAUCGGUAUUACAAUUUUUUUUCUUUUUUCCUUCCCAUCAAUCACUGGCUUGUUUCCCUUCCUCUCAACGGGGGACAUGUCAGAUUCCCAUUCUCAGAAACACCCUUUUUAACUGUUUUUUUUAAUGAUAGAGAAAUAUAUAUUUUUUUGCUCUCAGAAUAAUAAUGGAAUUUUUCUCUUCUGUGUUGCUGGUACUUUCUUUUCAAGUGAAUGUGGACUCACCUCUUUUACUUCCUCUUUGCCCUGUUCCCGUGCUAUGUUUUCAAUCCAUAAAACCCCCCAAAAAACUUGUAAUUUUACCAACAAUAACGCAAGUAAUGGUUUGUUCACAUCAUGCUUCUAAUGAUCUUCAUGGCUUACAGGCUAGAGAAGUCGUCUGAAGAGUAUAAUGCUUUGUGCAAGUAGAACAAUUAUCUUUGCUCAAACUGACUAGGUUUUUUAUUCUUGAAUUUUCCCCAUGAUCCCCAUUGACCAUGUAGAACGACAGGUUUGUCUUUCCAAUCCACUGGUUGAAUCUUUUGGGGUUUUUUCUGUUUCGUAGAAUUUUCCUUCUCUGCUGUCUUGUACUCAUGUUUGAUUUGUCUAAGUCAUACGUUUUAGUUCCUACUGUACUGUAUGGUAGAAACUUCUGUUUUAUGCAGUUAUUUUUUUUCAUGUUUACAAAAUGUAGUUUCUUUAAUGUAUUAUACUGUUUGUGAAUAUUUUCUAGGUUUGGUCCUUGUGUUGGUGAGAUUUGGUGAAUGAAGUGAUGGUAUAUAUGCAACAAAAUCUGGCCAUUAGAGUGGUAGUAUUUGAGUGCUGACAAAGUUUGAAGGAUUCUGUUUGAAGAAUGGUGGGAAGAUUUAUGUUUGUGCAUGGCUUGAUAAUUUUACGUGCGAGUAAGCCUAUAUUAUGUUGGAUGCAAGUACUCGUAUGUGUCAUAAAAGGACUGUGUGUGCACAUCGGAUGGACAUUUGUAACACUUUAAAAAUGUACAUUUCUUGUAUACACAUCACAUGGCCUAUCUGUGGAUGUGAAAGAGCAAACUUGCUUGUGUAAUUUGAGCAUGUGCGAGAGAAAGAUUUCAGUAUAUUGUAGACAUGAAAUAAAUUGCUUCGUUGCCAACACAGGGCAUUUAUGUACUGGGAACUGUGCGUUGGAGGUGUCCAUUAAACUUUGUCUUUCAGAUUGUACACAACAA